UAAGCUAACCAGCCACCCAAUCCACAGCAUCGAGCCGAAGACGACGAGGCCGAGAAGAUGGUAUCGCACAUCCGGCCGCUCUCCUUAACCGCCGCGGCGGCGCCCCUCUGCGCUCCCCCCGCUCCGUUUCCUACUGGCAGAUCAGUGGGCGGUAGGCGCUGGAGGAGCGUGAGGGCCAGCGCGGGCGGCGGGGGCUGGCUGUCGGGCCUGCUAGGCGGCAAGGGCGGCGGCGGCGGCGGUGCGCCCACGGCGAUGACGGUGACGCCAGGGACCGUGAAGGCCGGCGACCCCGUGCUGCACGAGCCUGCGCAGUAUGUGGCCCCGGAAGACGUGCCCUCCGAGAAGGUCCAGAGCGUCAUCGACCAGAUGAUCGCCGUAAUGCGCAAGGCCCCUGGCGUGGGCCUGGCCGCCCCUCAGAUUGGCGUCCCCUUGAAGAUUAUUGUUUUGGAGGACACCCAAGAAUACAUUAGCUAUGCUCCCAAGAAGGACAUUGAUGCGCAGGAUCGCCGCCCCUUCGAUCUUCUUGUUAUUAUCAAUCCCAAACUUAAGAAGACGAGUAAAAGAACCGCCCUUUUCUAUGAGGGAUGCUUGAGUGUUGAUGGAUAUAGGGCGGUCGUUGAGCGACAUUUGGAUGUCGAGGUUUCGGGCUUGGACCGCAAUGGGUGUCCUGUUAAGGUGGAAGCUUCAGGAUGGCAGGCACGUAUCCUGCAGCAUGAGUGUGAUCACCUUGAAGGCACAUUGUAUGUUGACAAGAUGGUCCCGAGGACAUUCAGGGUAGUCGAUAACUUGGAUCUGCCACUCGCCACCGGAUGCCCUCCUCUAGGUGCACGAUAAUGAAAAUGACAUCCCAAUUCUUUCUAUUCAAGUAGAGGUAACUUCCAUAGUGUUUGCAAUUUUUUAUUCCAGUACAGUAUCACGUUUGUGCUUCUACCGUCUUGUAUGUCCAGUUGUCAGCCAAUGGUAACAUUCCAUCUUAGAUGUAAGAUGAUCAUUAUGAUUUGUACUAUGCCAUUUUGGAACAAGGAAUUGCCAUUUUGUCUUUGUUCUA